AUGGCCGCCGUACAAGGUCCAUCUGCCGCUCGUCACCCCUCGCCUCUCAAGAGGCAAGCUCGCAUGUCCGCAAGGCCAUCGGGCUCGAGUUCGAGCCAUUCGGUCGACCCAUACUACGGUCACGAAGAGACCGCGAAACUUUGUGCUAGAUUCGUCACGCAUUUGUUUGCGUGUCCGGAUCUGCCUCCAUUAUCCACUGCCGUGCCCCCCGCACCCUCCCCUCCCCUGGCGAAUUUCAUCGCGUACGCCCUCCAUCGUACACGAUUGCACUCGUCGGUCACCUUCGCCGCCCUCUAUCUGCUACAACGCCUAAAAGCCCGGUUCCCUGCCGCGCGGGGGUCCUCAGGCCAUCGUCUAUUUAUAUCGGCGUUCAUGAUCGCGUCGAAGGUGAUCUGCGACGACACUUACUCCAACAAGUCCUGGUCGAUCGUCGGCCAGGGUAUGUUCGCCCUAAGAGAAAUCAACCAGAUGGAGCGGGAAAUGUGCUCGUAUUUGGAGUGGCAGCUCAAUAUCGAGCCCAACGCGCUGAAAGAGUUUGAGGCGAAGGUUCGACGUGACUUCAAGGGCCUCGGGCCCUACCCGACGUAUGUCCUCCCUUCCCCCGCUCCCUCACCCAUGCCCUCGACGACGCCAUACGCCGCUCAAACGGGUCCUGCGCCCACUCCCUCCUUCGCUGCACGUUCGCAGCAGCCGCCAUCGACUUCGCCACCGAAGCCGAUACCCCCACCUGUGCCUGUGCACGCGGGUGCCCCGCCGCAUUCGGCGUCGUCCUCGCCCUACACCCCUGGCACCCCUGAUACUCCGGAAUCGUCGAUGUCGACGUCCACGUCGCCUGCGUCAAGUGCGCCACCCUCGACGCCGCUUGGGUAUGAGGAUCACUCAGUACGGGUCGUAUCGAGCGGGACGAUCGGGACACCUAUCAACAUCGACUCGCAGUCGCCCACAGCUGCGUCGCACAUGCCCGGGGUCUCGAGUACGUCGGCGACGUAUGCCUCGCGUAACGUCCCUGCCGUUCUCAAGAAGGCCAAGUGUGGGGACAUCUUCGCCCGUGCCGCCCCCUGUGUUUGGUAG